AUGGAAGCUUCCGAAUACCGUUGCAGCGGCUGCGACUGCACGUUGAACCCGAGCAAGUGGGCCCAGAUUGUGGUGCCUGGCUGCCUCCAUGCCUAUCACUUGAGCUGUGCCCUCCAAGCAAGUCAGCCUCGCAAGCUUGGUGCGGAAGCACCCGGUGAAACUUCACCACGAAGAGACUGUGAGCGCUGCACUGAGUUUCUCUCCUCAGAGACCAAUGGCGUGCGUUUGCUGUACAACGAGUGCAGCGAGGAGCUUCAUCGCCGAGACCCAACAGAUAUUGAGUUUGUACGAACCUUUGAGAUAAAGCACGGGCGGGAGCUGCUGCCCCUGCACGAAAUACCGGCCAGCAUCUUGCAGCUGCAAGGCCUGCGCUGUUUAGACUUCUCUGGGCAUCCGCUUGUCCGGGUACCUCCUGAAAUCAAGCUCUUGAAGUCCUUAUCAAGGCUAUGCUUCGUGUCAACGCAGAUCACGGAGUUGCCUGAAGAGCUGUGUGAGCUACAAAACCUGCAGCAGUUUCUGAUGAGUUGCAAUCCAUUGCGGCGCUUACCCGAGAGUCUGUGUAAACUGGUUCGCCUGUGGGACUUCUACUUCGACGGCAACCAGCUUGAGGAGCUGCCACAGCAAUAUCCUCCUUUGGUGAACGGUUUAAAGGUAUCUGGAAACCUGUUACGGCAAAUUCCGGAAGCCGUAGGUGGAUUGCCUGACAUCAAGUGCGUCCGAGCCUAUGCGAACAAGCUGGAGGCCUUACCCGACGGCAUCUGCCAGCUAACUCGGACGACUGAGAUGUCGCUCCAGGGAAACCGCUUGGAGCAACUGCCACGACAAUUUGGCUCGCUGCAGAACCUACAAUACUUGUCACUGCACGACAACUUUCUUCGAGCGCUUCCGGACUCGAUCCUGGAAUUGUCGGAGUUGCGUUGGCUUUACAUCUACAACAACCGGCUGCAAAGCUUGCCACAUGGUCUGACGACAAGGCUUCAGAACCUGGAGCGGCUACUUGUGGAAGCCAAUCCACUGUCAGAGGCCACAGUCGCAGAUCUCGUCCACCAGGGCAGCUACCUGCGUGUGCUGGGUUUGGAUGUCGAGCAAGCGAGCAAGAUUUCAAGCGAGAGCCUCCCGCCUUUUGCGUCCGUGGGAUGGAUGCUUCCCUGGCACAGGCUCUAUGCCAAGUUGCAGCCUGCUUCGCAGCUGAAGAGGCGCCAAGGUGUAGAGGCUGUGCGCGGACAUCUUCCAACGACACCGGCAAACGAUGUCCUCGUGGUUGCUUUUGCUGCCAGUCAGGCAGAGCCAGAAUGGCUUGGAGUAUUGAGCCAAGUCUACUCUGGUGAUGUGUCAAUUGCAGAAGCGGAACUGCAAAUAUCGAUGGACGACAUGGGUAAGUUCUCCAGCAUUUUUCGCAAACUGCAUGGGCAAGACCUUCAGGAAGGCGAAGCAGACAUAGAGCGCCUUGCGUCUGCCUGCUGGCUUUCAGCCCCGGCCGCGCACAGCGGCAUCAGGCAGAAUGGAGAAGUGCUGCAAGACUUCGACGUCUUGACCCUCUGUGAUACAGGGGCGCAGUGGUACACCGAUGUGACCGAAAGGGAGCACCUGGAGCUUGAGCGCAGGCUCAGGGAGUUUGUGCCGAGAUACAAGAGAGUCGUCUUGCUGGGCGUGUCGAUGGGUGGCUUCGGGGCAUUGUCGAACUCUCACCUAGCCACCUCCGUCCUCGUUUUCGGCCCACAGACAGACCUGACGGUGAGCCACUUGCGCCCGGGUUUCAGCCCAGAGGACCUUGUAAGGAUGAGUGACAAUCUUCGAAGCCGAGUGCAACAAGCGCUCAGCCAGGGUGUACACUUUCAGUACCAUGUUGCUGCCGAAGAUCACCUGGCCUACGCCCGCAGGCUUCCCUUGCCUCGAAGUUGCUUCGUAGUUCAUCCAGUCGAAGGCCGCAUUGCUCGGCUCCUGGAACGUGCAGGAAUCCUUUGGCCAGUACUGGUGAGGAGUAUUGCUCGCGAACAGCGGCUUGCUAGAGGAGAAGUUGAAAGACCUGCGGUGGUCUAUGAGGAAGUUCCUGUCGGCACCCUGCACGCCUGGCAGCUCGAAGAAAAGGAGGAGACGGUCCCUUUGGGACUGUGGGGCUACGGCGGAAAGCUUUGCAUCUGUCGCAUUUCUCCACUUCACCUUUGCCAGAUCUGUCGCUUUCCUCCACGUGCCGGGGACUGGUUCUGCAGCACUUGCUUGGCCCACAAUGUGGGAAAGGCAAAAGCAUGCCGCAAGUGCUCCGACAGUAGCCAGGCAGGAGUCGUGGCGAAGGCUUGGCGUAAGGAAGAUCUCCGCCCUUCCGCCAAGAAGCUUGCUCAUCUCCAAAGUUCCAGCACGGUGCCUCCGAGCGGAGAACGGCUUUCCUGGCUUCUUCCGCUCCGAAGCAGGUUCGUCAGGCUGGGAGCCGUGCUGAAGGGAAACGCGGGAUCUUUCCUUGUGAUUCUCAUCGCCUGGCUUCUUGCACAGCUCCUGCAACGGAGGAGAGUGCUGAGGUGA